AUGGCUCUUCAAUUAACUAUAUCAUGUGAUUUGGAUAAAUCUCAAACUGGUCCAACACUUAUUCAUUCGACUGGUGUAGAACAUUACAAAAUUCCACCAGAAGUGAUCCGAACCUUACAAGAAAAUUUUUCAAACGAUCGAUUAUCUGAUCAUGCAGAAGGUGUUCUUUGCCAAGAUGCCCCACAACGUGUUCUUGAUGUUCUUCGUCGAAAUGGAUUUACUUUACAAAAACAAACAACUAGUAAUCCAAAGGCCUUAUGGACAUUAGCACAAGGUGGUGGUGGUGGUGGUGGUGGCGAUCAUCAACCUGUACCACCUCCUGCUCCGCAACCAACACCAAGUGAUGAAAAUGAAGGAGAUGCUGGUGGAGAAGAUCAAGGCGGAGAAGAAAAUAAGGAAGAAGGUGGAGGUGAAGGUGAAGGCGAGGGUGAAGAAGAAGAAGAAGAAGAAAAAGAAGAAUAA